AUGGACGACUUCUUCGAUCGCACGGCCGCGGUAGGCAGCGACGAGGACGAGGAAAUGGACGACGAGACAGGCGAGCCAGUCAACGGUGCUGGUAAAUCACGUGCUCGCAACGGCGAUAUGAACGAUUCGAGUGAGGAGGAAGAAGACGAUGAUGAGGAAGAGGCGCGGCGCAUUCGGGAAGGCUUCAUUGUGGAUGAAGAUGAGGAAGACGAGGAGGCGAAAGAGCGCAGGCGGGAGAAGCGCAAGCGGAGACGCGAAGAGAAGGGUGAGGAAGAAGAGCAGCUGGAUCAGGAGGAUCUGGAGCUCAUUGGUAUCACGGCUCCCGAGGAUGAGAGGGUGCAGGGCGAGCCGAGCAAGUUCAAGCGUCUGAAGCGUGGGCAUCGCGAGGAGCGGGCUGUGAGUGAGGCACGUGGGGUGGAGGACAUCUUCUCAGAUGACGAGGAGGGGGUGGAUGGUGCAGCUCGUCCUGCUCGGACUUUUGGCUAUCCUGGCGAUGACCUGGACGACUUCAUCGAGCAGGAUGAGUUUCCUGAUGAGGAGCAGGGUAUGCUGGAUGAAGACGCUGGUAUUCGAGCUCCGAAACGGGCCGGCUAUGCCGAUUUGCAGAAUCUGAAGGACUCGGGGCUGGGUGAGGCUGUUCUGGAAGAUAUGCGCGUGGCUUUUGGUGAUGGCGACGAGUUUGGCUGGGCACUGGACGCAGAGCAGGCACAUAACGAGGACACGAUGGACCCGGAGAAGACCUACGAGCUCAAGGAUGUCUUCGAGCCUUCGCAGCUGGCUGAGAAGAUGCUCACAGAGGGUGAUAACGUCAUCCGGAGUACCGACGUACCUGAACGCUUUCAGGAGCUGCGGAAGCCAUAUAGGAAUCUGGCAGAUUUGAGUGAAGAGGAGCAGGAAACUCGUAAUGCCGAGGAGGCAGCGUGGAUAACAUCCACUCUCUGGCCACGAAGACGAAUGGACCCCCGAUUGAAGGAGCCGUUCGAGGCCGCCGUCAAACAGGUGCUUCACUUCAUGAAUGUCGAGGACUUCGAGCCGCCAUUCAUCUUCCAGAACCGAAAGGACUAUCUCAUCCACUCCGAGCAGAUCCCCCUCAGCCCGCUACCCGGCAAUCCGGACGCGCCAAAGUACAAGGUACAAGCUGAGAAGCUACUUGGGCAGGAAGAUCUCUGGACCAUCCUCGAGCAGGAUCUCAAAUUCCGCGCUUUCGAGGAGAAGCGUCUAGCUAUCCGUAAUGGCGUUGAUGCUAUCAAGGAGACUGCUACAGACUUCAACGACACCGUCUUCGAGGAUCUUGUACCAGCUGCAGCCGUCAUCGACGACUUGCAGGAUUUGCAGGAUUACCUCAAUUUCCAGUUUUCGCAACAGCUCAAGGAUAUCAGUCUUGAACAAGCCGAGACAAACGGAACUCAGAAGCGUGCGAGAGGUGCGAGGAGUAUGUGGGAUAAGGUCCGAUCAGGCUCUGCUUACCACCUUGUCCGCGCAUUCGGUAUCACGGCUGAUGCUGUGGCGCGUAAUGCUGAGCGAGGCGGCAAUCGCACUUUCACCGAGGAUUCGGAUCAGCGACCGGAUGAUCUCGCGGACACUCUUGUGCAGGCGCCGGAGUUCACGACGGGUGAGGAUGUCUUUACAGCGGCGAAAGCGAUGUUUGUCGAGGAGCUGGUGAUGUCGCCGCGUAUGCGACGACAUGUGCGGAAGAUCUACUAUGAGCAACUCGUCUUUGAUGUGCACAGGACCGAGAAGGGUGCGAAGGUCAUCGAUGAGGAUCAUCCUUCUUACGAAUUCAAGUACUUGCGCAAUCAAGAGAUCAAGAUCGUCUUUGACAGACCUGAGCUCUUCCUGAAGAUGCUGGAGGCAGAGAAGGACGGUCUGAUCGAAGUGGUAGUCCGGCUGCAGAAGGAUAAGCGUGUCAAGGAUGAGCUGUAUCGCGCCAUCGAGAGCGACAAUUUCUCCGAGGUCGCAGAUGCCUGGAAUAAGCUGCGGCGGGAGUGUAUUGAUGCCGCUUUCGAGAAGCUUCACAAAAUUAUUGCGCGAGGUGUUAAGGACACGAUCAAGAACGAGUGCGAGAACAGGAUUGCUACCGACUGCCGCAAAGCAUAUCACGAGCGUCUUGAUCAAGCGCCAUACCGACCCACCGGUAUGGUUCUGGGCACUGUUCCUCGUGUCCUCGCCAUCUCAAAUGGUCAAGGCAAUAAGGGCGAUGCAAUCUGCUGGGCAUAUAUGGAAGAAUCCGGGCGUGUGCAGGAGAAUGGCAAGUUCAAUGACCUGCGUCUGGGUAAUGCCGAGAAGUACAUCCCAGAAGGCAAAGACGUCGCAGCUUUCGUGGAACUGGUUGAGCGCCGCAAACCAGACGUCAUCGCCGUUUCUGGCUUCUCCGUCGAGACGCGAAAUCUGUACAAGGACCUUCAAGCCAUCACCAAGGAGAAACAACUCAUGGGCGCCACGUACGAGGACCGAGAGACCGACCGCGAGAUACAGGAUGAGUUGGACGUGGUCAUCGUGCAGGACGAGGUCGCACGGUUAUACCAUACCAGCAAGCCUGCGGAGAAAGAAUUCCCGGCUUUCCCGCCGCUGACGAGGUAUUGUGUCGCGCUGGCACGAUAUAUGCAGGACCCGCUGAAGGAGUAUGCGGCGUUAGGCAGUGGGAUCACGAGUAUCUCUUUUGAUCCUAGUCAGAAGCUUAUUCCGGAGGAUAAGCUGCUGAGGGCGUUGAACACGGCUAUUCAGGAUAUGGUCAAUCUGGUUGGCGUGGAUAUCAACGCGGCUGUUAGCGACGAAUAUACUGCCAAUCUGCUGCAGCAUGUUUGUGGGUUGGGCCCGAGGAAGGCGAAACAUAUGGUCAAUGUUAUCAGGCAGAAUGGGAGUGAGGUCGUGAGUCGGGCGGAUCUGGUCGGCGACGUGGAUAGGAAUCUUCGACAGGCUGUUGGACCGAUCGUCUGGACGAACUGCGCAAGCUCGAUCUUCAUUCAUUACGGUGACGUGGAGCAGGAGGGUCCGGAAGCUGAUCCCUUGGACAAUACGCGCAUACAUCCUGAAGACUACGACUUGGCAAGGAAGAUCGCGGCGGAUGCGUUGGAGCUGGAUGAGGAGGAUGUGAAGGCUGAGGCGGAUGAGAACGGGGCUUCGGCUGUUGUGCGACGGUUGCAGAAGGAUGAGCAGACUGAUCGGGUCAACGAUCUCGUGUUGGAGGAGUACGCGGAUCAGUUGGAGAAGCAGAUGCAUCAGCGGAAACGAGCUACGCUUGAGACGAUCCGCGCGGAGUUGCAGGUCGCCUAUGAGGAGUUGAGGCACAACUUCAACUACCUCUCCUCCGAGCAAACCUUCACCAUGCUCACUGGCGAGACGCGGGAUUCGUUGCAGGAGGGCAUGAUAGUGCCCGUUUCUGUCAAGAGGACUUUCGGGGAUCAUAUCGAGACGAAACUAGAUUGUGGGAUCCUGGGCACAGUGGCCGAUUCCGAGUUCCCGGAGGACAUCUAUCGGGAUGUGCAGGACGGGAAGAGGGAGCCAAGACAUAUCUGGACCACGCAUCAGGUUAUCCGGGGCAAGAUCAAGUUCUUGAAUAAGAAGUCAAUGGAGGCGGAGUUGACGCUAAGGGAGGUGGAGAUGAGGAAGCCGUUCCGGAGGCAUUUCGACCAUGGGCUUGAUGAGUGGGACGAGGAGCUCGAGGCUAGGGAUCGGAAGGAGAGCAGGAAGGUCGUGGAUAAGGAGACCGGGAGGGCGCAGCGCGUGAUCAAGCACCCGGAUUUCCGCCCCUUCAACAGCGCUCAAGCGGUGGAAUAUCUCGGCCCGCUUGGGCGUGGAUCGUGCGUCAUCCGGCCUUCGUCUAAGGGACCGGAUCAUUUGGCCGUGACGUGGAAGGUGCACGAGGGCGUGUUUCAGCAUAUUGAUGUGCUGGAGCUGGAUAAGGAGAAUGAGUUUUCCGUGGGCAGGGUGUUGAGGAUUGGAGGCAAAUGGAGUUAUUCGGAUUUGGAUGAGUUGAUUGCGGAGCAUGUGCGCACGAUGGCGAAGAAGGUCGAGGAGAUGAUGGGGGAUGAGCGGUACCAGAGUGGGUCGCGGCAGCAGACUGAACAAUGGCUAACCACCUACACCGAAGCCAACCCCCGCCGAAGCAUGUACGCCUUCUGCUUGAACACAAAGUACCCGGGCUACUUCCUCCUCUGCUUCAAAGCCGGCGGGGACGCGCCCUUGGCCAAUUGGCCGGUCAAGGUGAUUCCGAAUGCGUUUGAGCUGAAGGGCAAUAAGUAUCCGGAUAUGAGGGCGUUGAAGAAUGGGUUUAAAUUGCUUUUUGCCAAUUCGGGGCCCGGGGGUGCUGGGGCGAAUGGGAUUCCGCGACGGUAG